ACGUAAGACUAAUUAUUGUUCAGAUCAGUCGAAAGUCUUUUAUAAGUUUUAUUAGCUCUUAACAGUACGAAAGAAAAAAAUGAAUUUAAAGUUCAUUAUUUUAACAUGUUUGACGUAUUAUACUCCAACAGUAAAAUCAAUCAAUGAAAAGGAAAUACAAAAUCUGUUUAACGACAUUAAAGUUUCUGAUUUCACCUAUAUCACCUACCCUAACUUGAUUCAUUAUUAUAAUCAUAACGAUGAGAAAGAAUUGGAGCAAGUUCUAAGAGAUUACGGAAGCUUGUUUGAUUAUGGAAAUGGUAUGGAAGAAUAUAGACUGGAUUACCUGCAGUUCAGGAAAGCCGCGUAUGAUGGCUACAUACCAUUGUAUUUCAAUCGGGAAAUAUCAAAAGUGUUUGAUGAAAUACGAUCAGAAAAUAAGGACUAUGUUACUCACAUAGACAUGGCUAAAUAUUAUAAAGGAAUGAAAAAAUCUACACUCAAGGAAAUAACAAAAAUAUUCGGACAGCCUAUAAGUUCUUCCCUAUGUAAAUCCAAAUACGGAUUGAACUUCGCAAACUUCAGAAGAGCUAUAAACACUGGAGUCCUCCCAGCCCCGGUGAUACAGGAGUAAUACCAAAACACUAAUGACGAUAAAUUAUUUAAAUAAUCUAAUAGUGUAAAUUCAUGUCAAGUUUUUAUUUGUCUCAAACUAUGUUAAUUUCCAAAUGUCACAUUUAACGUUCGCUAUGAUGAUAUAAUAAUAUAUUUAAUUUGCCGUCUAUUGUUCGAA